UAUCCAUCUCCGCAUUUUGGCCGCAUUGAAUACCUAACUCCACGAUUUCUAUCAGGAGGUAUUAAUAUCAAUAGUAAUCUAGAGCCUUUUCACUUUCCUGCGGUAUAUCUAUGUUAUGAGACAACUUCUCUCAGACUCAACCCCUUUCUUCUAGAAAUCCACCCUUCCGUCCAUCAUUAAUCGAUUCCAACCUAUUACCAUUUAAUAGCAUCGUCAUCUCCUCCCUCCUAUCCAUAUCAACCAAUCCCUCUUCGAAUCCCCUUCGAGAAGAACCACAGAGAUAUUAAAAAAAUGCGCAUCCCCUACGCCCCCUCCAAACCUCCUGAAGAUUCAGACCCCACCACAACGGAGAUAUACAACCGCAUCGCAGCCCGCCGUCGCCCACGCCCACUCAUCCCUCUUGAUCUCGCACUCCUACACACACCACCCGUCGCAGACGGAUACAACUCCUUCGUCGGGGCGCUCCGAACCAAGACCAUCGUCCCGCAAUCUCUGCUGGAGCUAGCCAUCUGCCGUAUCGCUGUGGUAAAUGAUGCUGUAUACGAAUGGAACGCGCAUGCGCCAUUGGCACUAAAAGCGGGACUACCGCCUUCUGUCCUCCAGUAUGCCAGAGAAGUGUCAGUUAUGGAGUUGAAACGUGCUGCGACGGCUCGAUUGGCUGAAAAGGAAGUGGAUGGUGAUGUUAAGGAGGCGUUGGAGAGAUCUGGUGCCGGGGAGGUGGAGUUGGCGGUUCUCUUGUACACGGAUGAGAUGACUGUUUCGGUGAAGGUUAGGGAUGAGACGUUUGAUGCGUUGAAGAAGGGGUUUGAGGGCGAGGAGUUGGAAAGGAAAAUUGUGGAAUUGACGGCGGUGGUUGCGGGGUAUAAUGCCGUUAGUCGGAUUCUCGUGUCGUUGGAUGUGGGUGAGAAUAAUGCGAAGGCGAUGAAGAGUGUGCAGGAGAUUGCGAAUGAAUUGAAGGGGAAUUAAUCCCGUGGAGUCGCGGUGUUGAUGAGGAACUACGAGGGUGGAUAUCAUGUUCAAAGUGGAAUGGACACGAAUAGUGACAAUACAGUCCACCAUCAACAUGCUUCUGGGCUAUAGUCACCAGAAUCGCAAGGAUAUGGCUAACCAAAAGACGAUUCUAUAUUAGAAUUAGCAAUC